AUGACCUUCUACUACUUCGGCGUGGAGAUAGAGGUCAUCGUCGAGCCGCACAAUAAACAACAGCCCGUACCGGCACCCGUGAAAGAUGACCUUGACCUCUGGUAUGGCAAGAUUGCCAAAGCUCUGCGCAACAGGAAGGGCUGUGACCAAGAACCAUUGAAAGUAAUUGCUGAAUCCCGGAGGACCCAGUAUCGUGAGACGAGGGAGCGCCACCUUAAUUGGUGGAUCACUUGGGAUGGAUCGCUGAUUGCUCCAGACUGGCCCAAGCAUCCCGGUGUGCCUUUCGAGGCCGUAUCGCCGCGACUGGAAACACGCAAGCGGUGGGAGGAUGAAAUUGAUGCAUACUGGGCCGCCAUGAGGGCCGUCUUCCACAUGCCCCGGCGCGUGUUGAGAUGCGGUAGCCAUGUUCACGUGUCCCCCGGUAGAGGCACCUUCUACCUCAAAGAGUUGCAGGCAAUCGCCUUUGCCGUCGUAUUCUUCGACGAGCAAGUCCAGCAAAUUCUCCCUCAAAGUCGGAGAAAUUACCACUACUGUGUGCCUAACAAGAAACAUUCUCAUCUCCUGAAAGGGAAGAGCAUAAGCGAAGUAGCGGCGUUGAUCAACGCUGUAAAGAACAAGGAGAAACUCGUCGAACUUGUACAGGGCUUGUCGAAAAAGGACCGCCCGGUACUCUGGAACUUCCACAAUGUCACGCGUAUGCCAUUUACAGAGGAGCCGGCGAUCGGCGCGGUUGAAUUUCGAGGUGGAAGGUGCCUCAGAGGCCCAGUAAGGACGAAGCGGUGGAUAAGUUUUGCCGUGGCGUUUAUGAUUCUGGCCAUCCAAGAGGUUUGUCGCACAAAUUUCAACGCUUGA